CUCUUUUCACUUAUGGAUAUGAAACCUCCCAUCUCUCGAGCCAAGAUGAUUCUCAUCACAAAAGCUGCUAUUAAAGCCAUUAAGCUUUAUAAGCAUGUAGUUCAAAUAGUAGAAAAGUUCAUCAAAAAGUGUAAACCAGAAUACAAGGUUCCAGGGUUAUAUGUCAUCGACUCAAUUGUACGACAGUCUCGUCACCAGUUUGGAACCGAUAAAGAUGUUUUUGGGCCAAGAUUCUCUAAAAACAUAACCGCCACAUUCCAAUAUUUAUAUCUUUGUCCAUCUGAAGAUAAGAGUAAAAUAGUCCGUGUGCUGAACCUUUGGCAAAAAAAUGGAGUCUUCAAAAUUGAAAUUAUCCAGCCCCUUCUGGACAUGGCCGCGGGAAGCAGCAGCGCCGUCCCAGGGGCCGACAGUGUCGCUAACAAUGAAGGUUCGCCGCCUCCUCCAGUUAAAGUUUCUUCUGAACCCCCACUGGUCACUACAAACUCUGUGCCAUCCGUCCAGCAGCUGCCCAGUUCGGAUGCUUUUGCUGCUGUGGCCCAGCUGUUCCAGACGACCCAAGGGCAGCAGCUUCAGCAGAUCCUUCAGACUUUUCAGCAGCCUCCAAAACCACAGUCUCCCGCCAUUGACAAUGCUGUGAUGGCUCAGGUUCAGGCCAUCACAGCUCAGUUAACGACAACUCCGGCACCACCGCCUGAGCAGAAGGCCACGGCGUUUGACAAGAAGCUACUUGAUCGAUUUGAUUAUGACGAUGAGCCAGAAGCUGUGGAAGAAUCGAAGAAAGAAGAUGCUGCCGCUGCCGCCGCCGCUGCCAGUACCACCUCUGCUGCCGCCGCACCUGCUGCCGCCCCGGCCUUGCCCGCUGCUGCCCUGCCCGCUGCCUCUCCGCCACAGGCGCCCUUUGGGUAUCCUGGAGAUGGCAUGCAGCAACCAGCUUAUCCCCAACAUCAAAAUAUGGAUCCGUUUCAGCCGCCCAUGAUGGCAAUGCAACAGGACCCAGUGCACCAUCAGGUACAGGUUCCACUUCCUCCUAAUGGACAGAUGCCGGGGUUCAGUCUUCUGCCCCCGCCUGCGUUCCCCGCCCUGGCUCCGCCUGUGCUUCCUCCCGCUGCCCCCGUGCAGCAGCCGUUCCAGGCCCCCUUCCCGGCCCCCAGUGAGCCGCUCGCACAGAAAGCCCAGCAGGAAAUGAAAGUAGAACAGCCUUGUGUUCAAGAGGUGAAGCGGCAUAUGUCUGAUAACAGAAAGUCGAGAUCUAGGUCAGCAUCCAGGUCACCGAAAAGGAGGCGCUCUCGAUCUGGUUCUAGAUCUCGACGGUCUCGGCAUCGACGCUCUCGAUCUCGGUCCCGAGACAGACGCCGCCAUUCCCCUCGCUCGCGAUCCCAAGAAAGACGGGACCGCGAGAAAGAGAGAGAGCGUCGGCAGAAAGGCCUUCCUCCCGUCAAGUCCGAGACCGCGAGCGUUUGUAGCACUACACUCUGGGUGGGACAGCUGGACAAGAGGACGACUCAGCAGGACGUUGCCAGUCUCUUAGAAGAGUUUGGUCCAAUUGAAUCGAUUAAUAUGAUUCCUCCCAGAGGCUGUGCCUACAUUGUUAUGGUGCACAGGCAAGACGCCUACCGCGCCCUGCAGAAGCUGAGCCGAGGGAACUAUAAAGUGAACCAGAAGUCCAUAAAGAUCGCCUGGGCCUUAAACAAAGGCAUCAAGGCGGACUACAAGCAGUACUGGGACGUGGAGCUGGGCGUGACCUACGUUCCUUGGGACAAAGUGAAGCCUGAGGAGCUGGAGGGCUUUUGCGAAGGAGGCAUGUUGGACAGCGACACGCUUAACCCAGAGUGGAAAGGAAUUACCAAGAAGCAUGAGAAUGAAGUUGCUCAGAAUGGAGGGGCAGAAAGCUCACACGCAGAACCAGUGUCACCCAUACCCAAGCCUUUGCCGGUGCCCGUCCCUCCUAUUCCCGUCCCCGCACCUAUCACAGUACCUCCUCCACAGGUCCCCCCACAUCAGCCAGGGCCUCCUGUGGUUGGUGCUCUCCAGCCGCCCGCUUUCACGCCGCCUCUGGGAAUUCCACCACCGGGCUUCGGUCCUGGCGUUCCGCCACCGCCGCCGCCUCCGCCCUUUUUACGCCCAGGAUUCAACCCAAUGCAUUUACCACCAGGUUUUCUUCCUCCCGGACCCCCACCUCCUAUAACUCCACCCGUGUCCAUUCCUCCUCCUCACACUCCACCAAUGAGCAUCCCAAACUCUACUGUCGCUGGUAUAAGCGAAGACCCCACCAAAGACUUACCUAUUGGAAAUCCCAUUCCAACAGUGGUGUCUGGGGCUAGAGGACACGCCGAGUCUGGUGACGGUGUGAAAAUGUACGGCUCUGCCGCGCCGCCCGCCGCGCCCACGAGUCUGCCCACCCCUCCGGUCACCCAGCCUGUCUCGCUUCUGGCUAGUGAACAGCUGGUUCAGUGAGAGCUGAGGCUAAGCAUAGUGGUGCUGGCCAGUUAGAGGAAUGUGAAGGAUGAUGGCCGUGAGUUCAUGCUCUUUACUGUGUAAGUGUCAAUGUUUACUUUUGUGUAACAUGUAUCUAUAAUGUUGUGUACAGCAUAUUUUUAUUAAAAAGUUCACUGUAAAUGUGAAAUUUGGGUUACUGUGGUGUUCCAAACAAUAAAAAACAUGCAAAAAAA